CCAACAAACCCCGUGGACUUCAAGCUGCCCGCAAACUACGAAUUAACCGUCGCGAGAAUCGAUGGGCCGAUAAAGCGUACAAGAAGCGUGCUCUUGGCAACGUCUAUAAAACCUCUCCGACAGGAGGCUCCUCUCACGCAAAAGGCAUCGUGUUGGAGAAAGUCGGUGUAGAAGCUAAACAACCCAACUCUGCUAUCCGCAAGUGUGUCCGUGUACAACUGAUCAAGAACGGCAAGAAGGUGGCGGCGUUCGUACCGGUUCUUACCAGUCCUCAGAACGACGGCUGCCUCAAUUUCAUUGACGAGAACGACGAAGUGCUCAUCUCUGGUUUCGGUCGUAGUGGUAAAGCCAAGGGAGAUAUUCCCGGUGUGCGGUUCAAGGUCGUCAAGGUGUCUGGUGUCGGUCUGCUCGCGCUGUGGAAGGAGAAGAAGGAAAAGCCAAGAUCAUAG